AUGAUUCUUAAUUAUACGAAAACCAAAGAAGACGCCAGAGACCCCACGGGCCCGCCGGAGAGCCUGACCGAGGAGCCCGGCCGAGGCCAGAGGGGAGACCCCCGGGAUGGCCCGCACUAUUGCCUUGGGGAAAUCGACUUCGUGGGAGCCGGGAAGAAACGGGCACAGGCCCUGAAGGUGGCCCAGGCGACGCCCCCCGGGGUCAUCUUCGACGUCCUGAUCAAUGUGUGGCACCUGCCGGCGCCCAACCUGGUGGUCUCCCUGGUGGGCGAGGAGAACAACUUCCAGAUGAAGGCGCGGCUGCGAACCGUCCUGAGAAAAGGCCUGGUCACCGCCGCUCAGUCCACCGGGGCCUGGAUCCUCACCGGGGGUCUCCGGGUGGGCAUCUCCAGAUACAUCGGGCAGGCCGUCCGCGACCUCUCCCUGGCCAGCACGUCCACCCGGGUGCAGGUCGUCGCCAUCGGCAUCGCUUCCCUGGGGAGGGUCUCGCACGGGGAAGACCUGGCCCGCCUCAAGAAGGACGCCGUGGUGGUCUACGAGUCGGACGAUGACGCCCAAGGCCCUCGCUGCAGCCUGGACCCCAACCACUCGCACUUCAUCCUGGUGGAGCCGGCGGCGGCGGAGCGGGAGGCCCCGGGGUCAGGGGUCGCCGGCGGGGGCGACCCCCGGGGCGGCCCCACGGAGCCGCGGCUGGCCCUGGAGAAGCACAUCUCCGAGCAGCGGACGGGCUACGGAGGAACAGGCAGCAUCGAGAUCCCGGUGCUCUGCCUGCUGAUAAACGGAAGACCCGGAGCCCUGGAGAGGAUCUGGGGGGCAAUGGAGCAGUCUUUGCCCUGGCUGAUCCUGGCGGGGUCAGGGGGCGUCGCGGACGUGGUGGCCGCCCUGACGGCCGAGGGCCACAUCACGCCUCAGCUGGUCAGCGAGCACUGCGGGGAGAAAUUCCCCACCGAAAACUUCCCGUGGGAAGAGGUCGUGCGCUGGACCGGACUGCUGCAAAACAUCAUCUCCCAGCAGCACCUGCUAACGGUGUACGAUUUUGAGCAGGAAGGGUCGGAAGAGUUGGACACCGUCAUGCUGAAAGCACUAGUGAAAGCGUGCAAGAGCCACAGCCAGGAGGCCCAGGAGUACCUGGACGAGCUGAAGCUGGCCGUGGCCUGGAACAGGGUGGACAUCGCCAAGUGCGAGAUCUUCAACGGGGACGUGGAGUGGAAGUCGUGCGACCUGGAGGAGGUGCUGAUGGACGCGCUGGUCAACGACAAGCCCGAGUUCGUGCGGCUCUUCGUGGACAACGGCGCCGACGUCCGCGACUUCCUGACCUACAGCCGCCUGCGGGACCUCUACCGCUCCGUCUCCCCCAAGACCCUCCUCUUCCACCUGCUGCGUCGCAAGCACGACGAGGCCCGGCGCGGACCCGGGCCCCUCGGCCCCGCCGCCGCCCACCCCGGCCCCGCGACCCCCGACCCCGGCCCCGCCGCCUUCUCCCUGCACGACGUGGCCCGCGUCCUCAAGGACUUCCUGCGCGACGCCAGCCGCGGCUUCUACCGGGACCGACGGACCCCCGGACCCCGGAGGGCCGAGAAAAUGGGGGCCAAGCAGCCGAGCGGACCCAGGCCCGACCUCGAUAUGAACCAGAAGAGCGGGAAUCCAUGGCGGGACCUCUUCCUCUGGGCCGUGCUCCAGAAUCGGCACGAGAUGGCCAACUACUUCUGGAACAUGGGGCAGGAGGGGGUGGCCGCCGCCUUGGCGGCCUGCAAGAUCCUCAAGGAGAUGGCCCGGCUGGAGACGGAGGCCGAGGCCGCCCGCGGCAUGAAGGAGGCCAACUACGAGCAGCUGGCGCUGGACCUCUUCACCGAGUGCUACGGCAACAGCGAGGAGUGGGCCUUCGCCCUGCUGGUGCGCAGGAACCGCGACUGGAGCAAGACCACGUGCCUGCACCUGGCCGCCGAGGCCGACACCAAGGCCUUCUUCGCCCACGAGGGCGUCCAGGCUUUCCUGACCAAAAUCUGGUGGGGGGACAUGGCCACCAGCACCCCCAUCCUCAGCCUGCUCUGCGCCUUCACCUGCCCCGCUCUCAUCUACACCAACCUCAUCGCCUUCAGCGAGGAAACGUCCGUGACAAAUGGACCGGAGGCGUCCGGGGACCCCGACGGCCCCGACGGCGAGAAGACCUGGCUGUUCCGACCCGCGGGCCCGAGGGACGACGAGGCGGCGGCGGAGGAUUCGGGGGUCCCCGGCCGGCGGGGCUUUGGCCCGGCGGUUUGCGGGCGCUGGAGGCAGUUCUGGGGGGCCCCCGUGACGGUGUUCCUGGGCAACGUCGUCAUGUACUUCGCCUUCCUCUUCCUGUUCGCCUACGUCCUCCUGGCGGACUUUCGGCCGCCGCCGCCCGAGGGCCCGUCGGGCCCCGAGCUCACCCUCUACUGCUGGGUCUUCACGCUGGUCCUGGAGGAGAUCCGGCAGGGCUUCUUCACUGACCGGGACGGCAGCCUGGGGAAGAUGUUCGGACUUUACGUGGAAGACAACUGGAACAAGUGUGACUUGGUGGCCCUCUUCCUCUUCAUCCUGGGCAUCUCCUGCAGGAUGGUGACAUCGGGGUUCCAGGCGGGACGGACGAUCCUGGCCAUCGACUUCAUGGUGUUCACGCUGAGGCUCAUCCACAUCUUCGCCAUCCACAAGCAGCUGGGCCCCAAGAUCAUCAUCGUGGAGCGCAUGAUGAAGGACGUUUUCUUCUUCCUGUUCUUCCUGAGCGUCUGGCUCAUCGCCUACGGCGUCACCAUCCAGGCCCUGCUGCACCCCGACGACAGCCGCCUCGAGUGGAUCUUCCGCCGCGUCCUCUACCGGCCCUACCUGCAGAUCUUCGGACAGAUCCCGCUGGACGAGAUGGACGUGGCUCGCAUCAACUGCUCGUCCAACCCGCUGCUCCUGGCAAACUCUCCGUCCUGCCCCAACGACUACGCCAACUGGCUGGUCAUUCUCCUGCUGGUCAUCUUCCUGCUGGUCACCAACGUGCUGCUCAUGAACCUCCUCAUCGCCAUGUUCAGCUACACCUUCCAGGUGGUGCAGGGCAACGCGGACAUGUUCUGGAAGUUCCAGCGCUACAGCCUGAUCGUGGAGUACCACGGCCGGCCCGCCCUCGCGCCCCCCUUCAUCCUCAUCAGCCACAUCCGCCUCCUGCUCAAACGCGCCUCGCACCAGGUGGAGCACAAGCGGGAGCAUCUGGCGCGAGAUCUCCCGGAGGGGCUGGAGCAGAGGAUCAUCACCUGGGAGACGGUGCAGAAGGAGACCCUGUUGGCCCGGCUGGAGAAGACGAAGACGGAGAGCAGCCGGGAGGUCCUCAGGAAAAUCUCCCACAGAGUGGAGCUGAUCGCCAAGUACCUGAACGGGCCGCGGGAGCGGGACGGAGGCUUCGGGCCUCCGGGACCCCAGGUCACCCGGCGCGCUGAGCUCCGCAGGUGA